ACACCUUUCUUCACAGUGACUUGUGUCGCUUCAAAGAGCCCUAGCAGCCUAGCGCCGCAUGACGUCUGGCUCCAAGAUUCAAAGUUUCAGUGCUUCUGGAGAAUGCUUCGCGCACUCGCGUUCCUGUGGCUGUCGGCGAAUGGCUAUACCCCGCUCCGACCACACGAGGGGGUGAGCUACGCCCUGGAG